CAGAGGCUUAAUCUGCUGAUACUUGUCAUUCUUGUUUGGAAAAAUGAUUCCCGAUAUUUGCAAGUGAACCUAAAGGUCUUUAACCCAUGACAAUUUUGUGUUUGCAGAUGUACAAGUCUGUAUUUUGAGUCACUGAAUUACUAGAAGAGCCGGUGAUUACCUAAUGGUUGAGAACACAGGCUUUGAAAUCAGACCUGGUUCAAAUAACUUAACCUUCUGUGCCUCAGGUUUUUAAUCUGUAAAGUGGGGAGAAUAAUCUUGACUGUCUCAAGAGCUGUUGCCAGUUGGGUAGUGAACUAAGCAUGAGAUUGGGGGUAUAAGGUUCAGCAAUAUCAACCGUUCAAGGAAAUUCUCACCAAGCGGUGCAGUGGGACACUAGGUGGCCUGUCCGUGUCCACUGAAAGUGGUAGAUGCACACUUGGGAACAGUGGGCAACAGCAGGCAGCAAGGAACUGGAUUUUAUGGCAAAGCCCCCCUUCAAACUUGGUGUCAAGCCGGUAAAAAGGAAGCAAUACUGCUGGGGAAGGGGCGGCAGGCGCCAUGUCCGGCCACGAAGGUGGCAAGAAGCCACUGAAACAGCCCAAGAAGCAGGCCAAGGAGAUGGACGAGGAAGAUAAGGCUUUCAAGCAGAAACAAAAGGAGAAGCAGAAGAAACUCGAGGAGCUAAAAUCGAAGGCCACGGGGAAGAGGCCCUUAGCCACAAGUGGAAUUAAGAAAUCUGGCAAAAAGUAAGCUGUUCCUUGUGCCUACGGAGAUGGUGACCCUUUAUUUCAUCCGUAUUUAAACCCCUCUAUUCCCUGCCAUAACAUCUUUUGCCACCUAUAGCUGGAAUUAAGUGUUGUCUUGGAGCUGUUGUACAUUUAAGAAUAAACUUUUGUAAAAAAAAAAAAA